AUGUACGCCGCCGGCCUCCUUGCGCUGGCAUUCGCCGGCCAGACGCUAUCAGAUCCCAUCAAGCUUCGCGUGCAUCACCAUCAUGUGCCAAUCCAUAAAGCUACGGUUCGACGGGGCGACUUUGCGACCAUCUCUACGGCCGCUCAAGGCUUUUUCGCGCUCAACAUCACAGUCGGUACUGAGCGCGAUGCGCCCUCAUUCUACAACCUCUUGAUCGAUACUGGUUCGGCCGUGACCUAUAUCGCGCCCUAUCAACCAGGGCCUCACGCUCGCAAAGUUGGCUUCAAUGCCAGCACGGACUACGCGGAUGGAACAGUAGCCAGUGGUGUCGGGUACAGCGAUGUCAUACGUCUUGACGGCUCAAAAUUCGUCGUCCAUGCUGCUUUUGUGGGCACGCCUGGCGCAUCCAAGACCGACAAAGCUAACCCCGAGGGUAUGAACGGCCUGAUCGCCUUCGGUCCCCAAAAGCUCUCCCAAGACGAUUGGACACCUACGACUGCUCAUUCGGGCGAACGCCCUCUUUCGCUCAUCCCACAGUUGGUCAAAGACAAGGUCAUGGAUGCCUACAUUCUCGGACUUGGCUUCAAGCCAUUUGACCUCGUGGGCGGCACUGCCCUCGACGCCGGCUCUCUCAUGCUGGGUGGAUGCGAUAAGUCUCUCAUGACAUCUAGCCUCACAUGGACGCCCAGGACUGGCGUCCAUCUCAACAAGGCCGGCAAGGAGCGACAGUAUUACUCGGUCUAUCUCGAGAUCCCUUCACUAGGCGUUCACAAGAGUGACAAGGUGGCGAGCUUAUUUGCCAUAGACACCGGAACUACCAAGACCUUGCUCCCAGCCGCUGCUUUCAAGAUCUGGGUGGCGAAAAGUCAGCAUGUCGUCUAUGACAUCUUCCUCAAUGUGUACAAGGUACCCAAAGCAUAUGUCUCCAAGCUUCAUCCAAUCGACUAUACCAUCGAAGGCAAGGUGUUCACCCUGAAGCCUGAGCAGCUCGUCUUCCCGGAUUACCUUGCAGUGGCAAAUGGCUGGCCCACAGAUCAUGCCUAUUCGCUCGUCGACGUUAUCCAGGAUGAGCUCAAUAUUGGCGGUCUUAUUGGGGCUUAUCACCUUAUUCACCUCUACGUCUGUAUUGACGAGCAUAACAAUCCGCCCAGAAUCGGCUUUGCGACCACAAAGUAUAGUUAG